AUAGUUCUAAGUUUGGAUGAUCGAUUGUGAGUGAAUGCAUUGUGUGUACUUUGACACCAUGAGUGUGACCACCAGUGUGACUCUCACCGUGUGAUAGGCAGUCUCUGACCACAAGUACUACAGCUGCUGUGCGUUUUCGUUUCUUGCUGGAAACUAAAGCAAUUGAGCAAGUGUCUCAAACGGAAAUGCGCGUAGUGUGCUGAAUGACGCGGCGCGGAAUUCCAAGCGGUGGACUCGCGCCGCCGGACUUUGCACCGAUGCGAGCCGAUCGUGCGCAUCGCCGCGGCCGAAAACAAACAAUCGCGGAGGCGUGAGCGCGCCACCGGCCCAUCCGCCAUUCCGGCGUAAGUUUUCCGCGAGCGCCCGUUGACAUGAGUGACCAGCCGCGUCAGCGCCAGCACCAACAGGUGCGCGUUAUCAACGAGUCCUCCAUGGACUCUACUAAUGCCAACGACAUCGACAACAUGGACGACAUGGAUGACCCACAGGUCAACAAUAAGAACAAUAACGAGAUCGACACUGUAGACUCAGAUAUCGCGAUGGCCGGCAGCAAUACGCUCACCGCCAGCCUAUCAACACCCAGCGUGCCCAACGCCCAGCUCAGCCAACUCUGCGCAAUUUGCGGCGAUCGCGCCACCGGAAAACACUACGGGGCGGCGUCCUGCGAUGGCUGUAAGGGUUUCUUCCGGCGCUCGGUGCGAAAAAAUCAUCUUUAUACAUGCCGAUUCAGCAGGAAUUGUGUAGUCGACAAAGAUAAACGUAAUCAAUGUCGGUAUUGCAGACUGCGAAAAUGUUUUAAGGCCGGAAUGAAAAAAGAAGCGGUACAAAAUGAGCGCGAUCGUAUCAGCUGUCGACGACCAAGUUACGAAGAAAAUACACAAGGAAAUGGCCUAUCGGUCAGCUCUCUUCUUAACGCUGAGAUGUUAUCACGUCAAGUUGGUGCGGCAUUAGAGCAAAUGGGCCAAGCACCAGGCAACGAUUACGACCUGUCAACAAAGCAGCUAGCUAACAUUAACGAUGUCUGCGAGAGUAUGAAACAGCAGUUGCUCAUCCUCGUCGAGUGGGCGAAGUACAUUCCUGCCUUCACUGAGUUGCAACUAGAUGAUCAGGUGGCAUUAUUGCGCGCGCACGCCGGUGAACAUCUUCUGCUUGGCCUUGCCAGGCGAUCUAUGCAUCUGAAGGACGUGCUUCUCUUGGGUAACAACAGCAUCAUCACCAAACACAAUCCAGUUGUGUUGUUUCCAGACUCCCGAAUCUCGCCCGAUUUGGACAUCUCGCGCGUUGGCACCCGCAUCAUGGACGAACUGGUCAAACCAAUGACUGAGGUGCAGGUGGAUGACACUGAGCUGGCAUGUUUGAAAGCAAUUGUUUUCUUCGAUCCAAAUGCGAAAGGAUUGAGCGACACAAGUCGUAUUAAGGCGUUGAGGUAUCAGAUCCAGAUUAAUCUGGAAGAUUACAUCAGUGACCGACAAUAUGACAGCCGAGGACGUUUCGGAGAACUUCUACUGACUCUGCCAGCGUUGCAAUCAAUCACGUGGCAGAUGAUUGAGCAGAUUCAAUUCGCGAAACUUUUUGGCGUCGCACACAUCGACAGUUUGCUACAGGAGAUGCUUCUUGGUGAAUCGAUUUUAGGCGCAACCAUUGAGCCAAAUCAGCCGAUAGCACAGAACACAGCGAAUAGUUAUCAAAGUACCAGCGAUUCGGCAGAUAGCCCAAUUACAUCGCCGAUUACCACGCAGUGCCAUAGCCCAACUGACCAAUUGAUCAACGGUAACAUUGCCAGCCCAACUAACCGGGCGCCACCUCCGCCUACCAACAACAACAAUCAAAGCGUGUUGAUUAUGAGUGAUCUUGGUACUAUGGAUGAAGAUAACUAUAGGAUCGUCUUCAAGGAGGAGCCCAUCAUGGAGACAGAGCAUUACUAGGUGCUGCCAUAAUCAAUAGGUGACAUGAAAUGAAGUAAAGUGAAAUAAAAAAUAAUGGGUUAAAUAUUUUGUUCAAUCAAGAAAAUGUAAAAAAGUCAAAUUUGCGAUCACGGCUGUGAAACUACACAAUACCUAUUUAAAUUUGCUCAAUAUGUAUUUUUAUUAUAUUUUCAAAAUGCAAUGCGUAAAAUGCACCAUAAAAACGCUCUUGCCAUGAAAAAAACAAUUGAAAUAUAAAUUAAGUGCAUUACCGCAAAAAAAUAAUUGCAUUAAAAUAUUCAAGUCAAAGAAAAUUUAGUCUUAGUUUAGGAAAAUUUUGUUUUUAUUUUUGUUUUUGUUUUCUUUAUUUUCAAUGCGUACGUGCACAGACACUUCGCAAGACAAGCAGGACAAGAAUACGUAGAAGUGUAGAAUACGUUAAUUUAAUUUGAAUUAAUGUUUUAGUUUAACUCCUAUUAAUUAUAUCUACGUACGUAAUAUAGUUAGAGUUAGGAUUUUUGAUGAAAGAAAAAAAAACACGUUUUGCCGGCUGGAGUGUUAGCCCGGCCGUCAGAAACAGAGACUAUUGUAUGGCAUAUUGUUAACGCACAUCCGCGCCGGAUGCAUUUUUGAUAUUACGAUACGUUUGUAUCGCCACUUGUAUAAAAUAGGCACUAUUAUUAGGUAAAGGGAUUAUUAUUCAAUCAGUAAUGUUACACAGUUAUCUGUUAUGUUAUAUUUUGUGGUACAUGUGUAAAGAUAUAUAUCGGUUAGCAUUGUUUUUGCUAUUAAUUUAGGUGCGUAGAAUGUUUAUGUCUUUUUCAAUUAUUUGUAUCUUUAUUUUUUCCUUUUUUCUUUUAUAAUAUAAUUUAUAGACACUUUUCGGUCCAUUGUGAGGAAAUUUAAAUUUACUUUGUACUGUGGUAGACCAAAGGCUGGUAGUGGCAAUAUAAAUAUUUAUCAAUCAUUAUAUAAUUAUCAAGCAUUGUUUUUUAUCAAUAAAUAAUUUUAUGAA